AUGGCCGCCGAUCUGGUCCACGGCGUCCUCGCCGCCGCCUCGUCGACCAUCCUGCUGACGACGCUGCUGGUCGCGGCGCGCCUGUGGAUCCGCUCGCGCAUGGGGAAUCUGGGGAAAGACGAUGUCACCAUCAAGAUUUCCUAUGUCAUGCUACUGACCAUGGCGGGCCUCAUGAUAGCCGGCGUCAUAGAUGGAGGGCUUGGUCGCCUUCGCGACACUGUCAACGACCAGGACUACGAAGCUACUCUGCGAUACUCCGCCGGCAUCUCGUCUACAUUCAGCUGGGGCGUCGCGACGGCCAAGAUCACUUUUGCCAUUCUGUACAUCCGCGUCUUGCCGCAGCGUUUUCUUCAGCUGCUCAACAAAUUCCUCAUCGCCUUUCUCAUCGCCCAGGCAACCGAAGAGUCGCUGAUUGCCAUCUUGCAUUGUCGACCCAUUGAGGCUGCGUUCAAGCUCGGCGUCCACGGCAAGUGUCUGAACAUGAACGUGCUGUGGUGGAGCACAUUUGUCUUCAACAUGUGCACCGAUCUCAUCCUCUUCGUCCAGCCGAUCCCCACGGUAUGGAGGCUGCAGAUGGCCAGGACGAAGCGAGUCGGACUCGUCGUGAUGAUGUCGCUGGGACUACUCGUCUGCGUUAUAUCCAUCAUCCGCAUCGUAUACGCCAGCCGCAUCCAAGAGGAUCUCACAUACCGCAUAGCCGAGGCCAUGAUCUGGUCCGUCGUGGAGCUCGCGGCACUCAUCACAUGCUCAUGCAUCCCCUGCCUUCGCCAGGUCAUUCAGCAGAUUCCCUUUCUCAACCACGCCCUCGGUUUGUCAAGCAACAAGACACCUCACGGGAUAUACGAGCACUCUGGCCAGCCUCGCCAUGGGUCCACCCCUUUCCGCACCCACAAGCUCGAUUACCUGCCCUCGCGGUCCAAGGCGUAUGCCCACGGCACGAGUGGUCACUUUGGCACAAUGAGCCACGCGGCGGCCGGGGCCACCGGCAGUCCAAACGAUAGCCAGGAGGAGAUAUUCCCACAUAAGAAGGAUGGUAACGGGCGAAUCGUGGUGACCAAGGAGGUCACACACAAUGUGGAGUAUGAUCGCACGCAGACCGAGUCCUCGCCCUCCGAAUCACUCAGAGACGAGGAAACGCCGUACCCGGUGCGGGCGAGCAAGGACUGAUUUAGGUAAUUUGGAAAACAUAAAGUCACAUGCAAUCGCAUCGUUCCCGUGAGCAGUGUUACGUGAGGGGAAUGGGCGGCAAGGUUCGAUUUAAAGCUAACCAAGUCUAUCCUCCCAAUCCUGAUUUAUGUGCAGUGCACAUACCAGGCGCAGCCCUCGCACGACUGGUCAGCGUAGCAGGGCGCGCCCUCCUCGCUGCACGUCGUGUCGCCAUCGCAGUUGAAGAUGGCCGCGAGCUGGCCCCAGAUGCACUUGAGGCUCUCGUCUUCGGGAGUGUACGGGUUCUUGGCGCAGCGGCCCUCGCCCGAGGGGAGCAUGGCCAGCGCCAGGGGCGCGGUGGCGAGGAGGGUGAGUGCGGAGGUGACGCGCAUCUUGAUGGUGUCUGGACUGGGUCAGCGAUGCGUGGGGUGAGGCUCACGGCAGCGUUGUCACGUACGCUUUGUGUCUUGUGAAUGGUGUUUCUGAUAGAGGAUGGUCGCUGCUCUCCGGAGAAGGGAAC